ACUUUUAUAUCUAUGUUUUUAUGUAGUGUGUGUAUGGUAUGUGUGUUUAGUGUGUGUGAUGGUGUGAAUUUUCAGUUUAAGCACAGUUUAAAAUCUAUAAAAAGUUAAUUCAAAGUAUGAGAACAUCCUAAUUCACUAACUAACGAAGAUAUAAAUAAGAUUUGAACAAAUGGUUGUAAAGGAGCAUAUAUGAUAUUGGCAGUUUGAUUAUUUCACAUCCAAUAUCGCUCACACAUCCGUUGUAAGGAAGUCAGAAAAAAUUAAACCAUAUCUAUAAAAUUUAGUACAAGCAAGAACAUACAGAAGAUUAUCCAGACUCCAGAUCUCACUUUUUGAAAUAUAAAUUGAACAUGUAUAAGUUUUGGUUGGUUGAGAUUAAUAAUAAGAUUAUUAAUGUUUUAAAUUUAUUUAUAUAAACUCUCAUUGUAAUUCAUAGAGACACAUUGUGUUCAUAGCAACAUUGGGACGAAGGGGAUUAUAUUUAAUAGAUCAGUUUAGUAAUCAGUUUAAUAGUUAUCACAGACCAGUGUGGUCUGUGAUAGUUAUCAUUUAUCUAUAGUCAUUAGUGUUGUCAAAUGUCAUAAUAAAUAAGAGGCUAGUCAACCAAAUGUACGGGUAAUAUUUUAUAAAUUCAAAAUAUCGUAAUAUUUAACGCCUAAUAACAUUGAAAAUAAUCUGUUAACUUUUUUGUUUAAAUUAUGGAAGUCUUUAAAAAAGAUUUAUUCAUGAUUUUCAGGUUGCUUAAAUCGUCACUACACUUAGGUUUGGAUGUGACUAUCCUUUUCAUAUUUAUAGGUUAUUGUUACGGAUAGCCUUGAUUAUUUAUUUAAAUUCAUGUUCACUCCAAAACAAUCCAUAUUUCAUUCAAUAAACAAAAUGGCAAAUCGUAAAAUCAGUGACUUUGCAGGCUUUAAAAAAGUUUUAGAUGGAGCGAAAAAUAUAGCUGUAUUAACAGGAGCUGGUGUUUCCGCUGAAUCAGGAAUUCCAGUAUUUAGAGGUGCAGGAGGUUUUUGGAGAACUCACAGAUCUCAGGAUCUUGCAACUCCUCAAGCUUUUGCUGCUAAUCCUGCGCUGGUUUGGGAAUUUUAUCAUUAUAGAAGAAAUAUUGCAUUCACUUCACUCCCAAAUAAUGCCCAUAAGGCACUAGCAUUAUAUGAAGCACAAUGUUUGAGAGAAGGUCGGCGUUUUAGCAUAAUAACACAAAAUGUUGAUGGUCUCCAUCAGAGAGCUGGUUCCAUAAAUGUUAUUGAACUACAUGGUGCUCUACAUAAAGUUAAAUGUACCAAUCCAAAAUGCAGAUUCUUGGAUGAAAACUAUGAUAACCCUAUAUGUGAAGUCUUUAGAAAUAGAGGUGACCCUGCUGCGGAAGGUUAUAAUUUACCUGUUAUAGAUAAAAAAGAUUUACCUAAAUGUAAGAAGUGUCAAAAACUUGUAAGACCUUAUAUUGUAUGGUUUGGAGAAAACUUGGACUUCAAAGUUAUGCAAGCUGCAAGAGAAGUAGUGGAAACUUGUGACUUGUGUCUAGUGAUCGGAACAUCUUCUGUUGUAUAUCCAGCAGCCAUGUUCGCCCCUAGAGUAUUAGAAAGAGGAAUGCCAGUUGCAGAAUUCAACUUGAAUGAAGAACCAGCCGACGAAAUGUUUGAUUUUCAUUUUCCAGGAAAAUGUGGUACCACUUUGCCUAAAGCUUUAGGCAUUGAAUUAUAACAUUGAUAUAAUUUCAUAUGAGUUGAUUAUAACAGACAUCUUGGAUAUAAAGUGAAUCAGAUAUAUUUCUCAAUGUAUGCUUUUUAUGAAUGAACUGAAAUUUAUAAAUACUGGGAAUUGAAUAAACUGACAUAAUGACACUGUAAGACAGGUAACUAGAUGGAAUAACUAAUAGUUGUAAUAAGAAACGACAUUGCUUUAGUUUCCUAAUGUGAGAGUGUGAUAUAAUGUAAAUUUGAUAUGACAGUGUCUAAACAAGUGGACAACUUGAGAGUUUAUGAAGAAAUUGGCAGUUAAUUGAGAGUUGAUAAAUUUACUCUUGUGAAUAUUUUUUUACAAAAUAUACUGAACUUUUGCGAAAAAAUGUUGAUAUAGGACACAAAUAAUGACAUUAUAAUAGGCUACAUAAUUUUACUACCAAAAAUUGAAGAUUAAGUGGAUACAAAAUUUUAAACAUGUGUUUUUGUACACAUUUCAAUGAUCCAAAAAAUUAAAAAAAAUUAAUCAACUAUUACAAAGUUUACCUAAUCAAAAAGCAAUAAACCCAAAAUUUUUGUUAAUAAGUUUCUUAUUGAGGAUCCUUCACAAAAGUUGAAAAAAAUUUCAAAAAAGUUUAAGAGCUUCUAUUUCAAAAAGAAUGAUGUGCGUCAGCUCUCAAACUUAAGGUUUAAGAAUUUUUGUUUCUCAAAUAUAAAUACUUUUAUAAAAACUUUUGGUUCAUUCCUGUUUAAUUAGGUGAACUUUGUAAUAGUUAAUUAAUUUUUUUUUAUUUUUUGGGUCUUUGGAUCAGAAUCGUGAAAUAUGUGCAAAAACACAUGGUUAAAAAUUAUUUAUCCACUUAAUCUUCAAUUUUUGGUAGUACCAUUAUGUAGCCUAUUAUAACGUCAUUAUAUGUAUCCUCUAUAAACAUUUUUUCGAAAAAUUUUAGUAUAUUUUAAAAAAAAUAUUUGUGGAAAAAAUAAGUGGAUAACUUUACAUGGGUAACAAAUUUCCAGAUUCCAGUGAUAGAAUUAUUAGUGACAGUCAAUAUCUGAAAUCUCGUCUGCAACUGUAAAUAUCAAGUUGACCACUUAAAAUAUCCAAAUAAUAACUGACUAGUGCAAUCCAUCAGAGUUCAUAAACUUGUAACUUAGUUCAAACAUAUUCAUUUAUAACUUGAUCCUAUUUACAAAUUAUUUCAUUUUUGUUAGAACAAAUCACAGAAUAAUUUAUUUUUCUUUUUCAAGUAAACUGUUAAUUGGCACCGAACUAUCAGGAUACAUUUUAAUUUUUAAUCUAACAAGUUGAACUAUUCAAAGUUCUAUAUUGAAAUUGAAAUUAAUGGUUGAAAAAAAAACAUUUUUGUACUAUAUGUUAUUAUUUGAAGAGAUUCCGUUGUUGUCUCUUUUUCUAGGGACGCACUUAUAUUCACAUAAUACGGACAAUCAUUAUAUCUAUUUAUUACUCUCUUACAUUAUAAAAUUGAAUCUUAUAUGAAUAUAUAAUAGUGAUUUGAUUUAAUAUACCUGCAGUGUCAAAUAAUGUUAGUAUGUAAUUGUAUAUGCCAGUAUAAACAUUUAAAUCCAGAGUGUCUUUUAAAUUAACAUAAUUAAAUUCAAAGGAAAUAUAAAGGUAAUAGUUUUUUAAAUUUAAUUGUAGGACUAGAUACAAAGCUAUUUUUUUAUCUUUUUGUUGUUACUGUUGUGAUUCUGUUUGAAUAGUUGUAUUAAACUGUGAUAUAUUUCUAUUUAAUAAAGGAUGAUCUAAAGUAACUGUUAGAAACUAAUAUUAGAA